AUGACGACGCCGUCGUCGCAGUGGCGGGGCUUCCUCCGCCACUGGCGGCAAAAGUCAAUGCAGCGGCUGGCGACCUUCCCCCCAGUCGGCGUCGUCCCCAAGCUCCCGCGAUGGCUAUCCGGCAAGGAAAUCAAGGAUUCAUCCGCCGCCGCAAGCAUCCCCGCCGACGUUGACUUCUGCCUCUUCAAGCCCUCCUGGAAGAGCUUCUCCUUCUCCGAGCUCCAGCACGCCACCGACAACUUCAAACCAGGUCCCAUGUCAACCCAUUCGAUCCCAUCUAUCCAAAAAUAGCAAUAUGGGUUGACGUUAUUCUUAGCCAUUACUUGACUAAACCAAUUAGUUUCCCAAAAAAGAAAUGUUGACCUCCGGUGUCACUGGUGUUUGACAUCGUCAUCAUCAGAGAAUCUGAUCGGGAAGGGCGGGUACGCGGAGGUGUACAGGGGGCGGCUGCCGGACGGCCGGCUGGUCGCCGUCAAGAAGUUGACCCGCGGCUCGCCGGAGGAAAUCGUCGGCAACUUUCUCUCCGAGCUGGGCAUCAUCGUCCACACUAACCACCCCAACGUCGCCAAGCUCCUCGGUUUCGGCGUCGACGGAGGCAUGCACAUCGUACUCCAGCUCUCACCCUACGGUAGCCUCGCCUCCUUCCUCUACUGCAACUCCGGUAAUCCUCUCUCUCUCUCUCUCUCUCUCUCUCUCUCUCUCUCUCUCUACUGGUUCUCUCUUUCUCUCUCCACUGGUUCUCUGUCCAACUCCUCCUGGUUGCCGGAAGAAGGAAGCUCCAAGGAGAAGCUGGGCUGGGGGGUGAGGUACAAGGUGGCGGUGGGGACGGCGAUGGGGAUGGAGUACCUCCAUGAGAGAUGUCAGAGGAGGAUCAUCCACCGGGACAUCAAGGCCGCCAAUAUUCUCCUCUCCGACGACUUCGAGGCGCAGGUAUAAGAAUCUCCUCUUCUUCCUCCGCCUCUGGCGAGCUUCUAAUCAUCGUCUCCGGCGACACAGAUCUGUGACUUUGGGCUUGCCAAGUGGCUGCCGGACCAAUGGACCCACCACACCGUCUCCACCUUAGAGGGCACAUUCGGGUAGGCGGCGGCGGCGCCACCAUCCUGCUCCGCCGCGUGCGGCGGCGCUGACGGCGUUGCUGGUGUGGGAUUUGCUGCAGGUAUCUGGCGCCGGAGUACUCCAUGCACGGGAUAGUGAACGAGAAGACGGACGUCUACGCCUUCGGUGUGCUGCUGCUGGAGCUCAUCACGGGGCGGCGGGCGCUGGACGCCACACGGCGGAGCUUGGUCAUGUGGGCCAGGCCGCUGUUGGAGAAGAACGACGUGCGGGCGCUGGUGGAUCCCGCCAUCGGCGCCGCCGUCCACGGCGGCGAGCUCCGGCGCGCCGUCUUGGUAGCGUCGCUCUGCAUACAGCAGUCCUCCAUUCGCCGCCCAAAGAUGAGCGAGGUGAGCCCGCCGGAGGAGAGAGAGAAAACAGAGAGAGAGAGAGAGAGAGAGAGACUGAAAUUUGGAGGGGUGAAAUGCAGGUGGCGAAGCUACUCGGCGGCGGAGAUGAAGGGCCGGAGGAGGGCCUGA